GUUGACCAACAAAAAAACUCGUCACAUCCGCGAUAUGGAUUUCAGGAAGUAAUCUAAAAUAAUAAAGUGGUGAACAACUUUCAGAGAGAGGAGCAAACUUAUUAAUGACAAGUGUCUAAAUGUAAAGCCGGAGUUGUUUCUUAUGUGUUUAUUUAGCGUCGUUGUCGGAACAUCACGUUCACCAUGAUUACCGCACUGGAGGUUUCAUGUUGGCCAAGCUGAAAACUAAGGAGCAAACUUUGAACAAGGAGCUGAACUUUUUCUGAGGUUUGACUUUCCCUAAAUAUUAUUUGCCAUGGCUUACCAUAAAGGUUCUAUUCCUUUUAGGGCAUUAUUUAUCAUGCUCUGUUUUGGAAUGGCAAAAUCUCUCUAUACCAUUCCACUUAAAAUAUUUAUAGGGACGUUUAACUCUUCUUUGGAUUUGGAUUUAACUCCUAUGAAACGAAUACAAGCCUCGGGACUGUCCCUGGCAUCUGAUCCAGCUGGAAUAGUGAACUUUCUGGACAUGGUCACUAACUUACAAGGCGACUCUGGCAGAGGUUACUACAUGGAGAUGACACUGGGUACCCCUGGUCAAAAGCUGAAUAUCCUGGUUGAUACAGGAAGCAGUAACUUUGCAGUGGCUGCAGCAGCACAUCCCUUCAUCACACACUUCUUCAACACAGUACUUUCCAGUACGUACCAGUCCACUGGCAGGGGCGUGGCCGUCAAGUACACCCAGGGCAACUGGGAGGGCGAGCUGGGCACCGACCACGUCCGCAUCCCCAGCAUCCCCGGCACCCCCACCAUCAACAUCGCCACCAUUCUCUCCUCCAACGGAUUCUUCCUCCCGGGGGUCAACUGGCAAGGCAUCCUGGGCCUGGCCUACCCCCUGCUGGCUCAGCCUGACUCCUCGGUGGAGCCCUUCUUUAACUCCGUGGUACGACAGACAGGCAUCCCAGAUGUGUUCUCCCUCCAGAUGUGCGGAGCUGGGUUGUCAGACAGCACCACUGCCGACCCCGCGGGGGGAAGUCUUGUCAUGGGAGGGGUUGAACCAACAUUGUAUUCGGGGUCCAUGUGGUACACCCCUAUAAAGGAAGAGUGGUACUAUCAGGUGGAAGUAUUAAAGCUGGAGGUUGGGGACCAGAAUCUAAACCUGGACUGCAAAGAGUACAACCAGGAUAAAGCCAUAGUGGACAGUGGAACCACUCUUCUGCGGCUGCCUGUGAAUGUGUUCAAUGCUGUGGUGGAGGCCAUCUCAAGAACAUCUCUGAUCCAGGACUUCACCUCAGGGUUCUGGGGUGGCACUAAACUGGCCUGCUGGUUGAAGGGGGAGACACCGUGGAGGUUCUUCCCCAAACUGUCCAUCUACCUGAGAGCCACCAACAACAGCCAGUCCUUCAAAAUCUCCAUCCUCCCUCAGCUGUAUAUCCAGCCAAUCACAGACGUGGAUGGUAGGCUGGACUGCUUCCGCUUCGGCAUCUCGUCGUCAGCCAACGGCCUGGUGAUAGGAGCAACCGUCAUGGAGGGCUUCUACGUAGUCUUCGACCGGGCAGAGAAGAGGGUGGGCUUCGCUGUCAGCAGAUGUGCAGUGAACGGUGGGCUAGCCGUGUCAGAGAUAUUGGGGCCCUUCUCAUCUGCAGACGUGGCAUCUGACUGUGCUGCUGGAGGGCUGCUGAAGGAGCCCCUUCUCUGGGUCAUCUCCUAUGCCCUGAUGGCCGUCUGUGCUGUGGUACUCCUCAUCCUGCUCCUCCUCCUGUCCUGUCGUCACCGAGACCGGUCCGGCGAGAUCACUGAUGAGUCCUCGCUGGUCCGCCACCGCAUCAAGUGACACGACAGCGGCAGUCCCAGUUCUACUGAGGCUGGGAAAGGGGAGGGGUUGGGGCUUCACUGACCAAUAGGACUGUUCUCUGGACAUAUCAUGGGGGGAAAAAACCUAACCCGUUUGACCAGUGAACACUUGUCUUAGCUUAGAUGUUACCACUUCUUUGCACUCCAGUUUUACAUCAACCUAGACAUGUUAUAAGACUGAAGGUUGGGUAGCAGAAAGGAAUCAUGCUAUCCUUAUGCCAGCCCAGUCCCUCAUUGCACAUAUUGCCUGCUGAUUCUCCACUGCCUACAACAUGGUAGUGAAGCACACUGCUCUCAGCUGAGAGACAAGGUCCCAAGAACUCUUAAACAGUCAGGUUUCUUUUUACUUCUUAGAAGCCUCAACUCAAAAUGAUGCUUUGAAGUUUGUUGAAUGUUCCCCACAGGUAUCAAUAGCAUUAUUUCAUGGCAACUUCUGUGAUAAAAGGAGGAAUGUUUCGUAGCAGUUUCUUAUUUUCAUUCACAAAGCACAACCAGGAGUUAAGACAAUUGAUGCACACAUUAUGUUGGGGUAAGAAAAUCACUUCUCAUACUUCCCUUCUGGUUUACAAUGUCCUCAUAUGGGAACUAGCAGGGUUUGUAACAAGUGUCAAAAAAUAUGAAGAUCAAUAUCACUGCAUCUGUAUGAGUGAGAAUGAAGCAAUCGAUAGGAUUUUGUAACCGACAUUGAUGAUGUACUUUUACUGCUAUACAUAUUUGAAAUGUCAAUGUGAUUGUAUAAUAUUAUUUUAAAAACUUGCCAUGGUAGACACAUACAGAAAACUGAUAUGUAAGGGCACAUAUGUUUCUAUGCUAAUUCAUGUUCUAAAUUGUACAACACCCAAAGUUACCCAUGAUUUCAAAAGUGGAGAUAAGACACUUUAAGUUGUACUGUAUUUUUCUAUCAAACGUUAAAGAAAAUAUUUUGCAAAGGUGUUAUGAAACUGUUGUGCAUGAUCAUGUUUGUUUAAAAUGUGUUUUAACUGUUUAUCAGUGCCAAAGUUGUGAUUGUAUAUAAUUACAUUGACCCGAUUAAAGUAAAGGCUCUCUCAUUCCAGUGUGAUAAUAGGCCCGGCCUCUAUUCCAACAGCCUUCAACCUGGAUAAACAAUCCACCAUUCACUUGACUAGUAUGACUAAAGAAAGAGUUACACAAGUAGAGGGAACCAUGAUGCAGGUUCACUUUCUCUAAUCUUGAGCUCAAGAGGAACUACCAAGAACACAAGCACCAUCUGGUGGUCAAAGUGGUAUAUAAACGUAAUGACUUUUCAAACUGAACAGUAUAUAUAUAUAUAUUACACAAAACAGUAUCAGGAUGUAGAAGUGGUCAUUUAAUGAAUACAUACAUACAUAUGACAAAUUCAAUAUGUAGCACAAAUAUUGCAUUUCUGAUGACACACUGUACGUACAAACAUCUCUUUCUGGCUUUUCUAUUCAGAAAAAAAUACAAUGUUUCCACCAUUUCAUUCUGAUUGUCCACCAGUGAUUUCUCAGUUUCUUUAUUUCUGCAAAACCAAACACACCAUAGUUACAACUUCCCAUUAUUAAAAAGUGUAUGCAUGUAAAUCACAA